GUUGCGGAAUGAGUGACUCUCUUCCCGUCUUCGCGAUGCUUCGUUGCCCAUAAAUUCGAUUGAAAUCUCUGCAGUUUGUGACGAACAUAUUCCCGGCGCACAAAUUUUCGCAUUUUGAUCAGGAGCCUGCAGAAAUCCGCGAAGGUGCAGAGUGUUCGCAUCUGUGCAAGAAUGAAAGUUUAGGAAUAAGUUUUUGGGAAAUAUUUAGUGGUGUAUGGAAGGGUGGUCAUGUGUUGAUAAUAAUUUGGUCGGUGAUAAAGCUCCAGAAAUGUUGGUUCCUCCAGAUAUGGUGGCUCCACAGUCAAAAUUGGUUUAUCAAAUCAAUAAAUUCUGCACGGAGCGAGUUCAGUGUCGGAUGGUGCAACUGAGCAAGACCAUUUUUGAGAUUUGCAAAAUUGUCCAGGAUAUUCUUAGAGAAGUGGAAAUUCAAGAGCCAAGAUUCAUUUCCAGCUUAGCUGAGUAUAAUGGAAGGUAUGAAGGCUUGGAGGUCAUCUCGCCGUAUGAGUUCGAAAUAGUGCUCUAUCUUAAUCAGAUGGGUGUCUUCAAUUUUGUGGAUGAUGGAACACUUCCGGGAUGUGCAGUGCUUAAGCUCAGUGAUGGCCGCAAGCGGUCCAUGUCGCUCUGGGUUGAAUUCAUCACAGCCUCUGGGUAUCUGUCAUCGAGAAAAAUCCGUUCUCGUUUUCAGACUCUCGUGGCUCAGGCAUGCGACAAAUCUUGCUACAGGGACAUCGUAAAGCUCAUGGCGGAUGUGUCAGAAGUGAAGCUAAAGAUACGUGAGCGGUAUUUUGUUCAAAUUACCCCGGCAUUCAAAUGUUCAGGCAUCUGGCCAAGAUCGGCAUCACAUUGGCCACUACCAGGAAUACCUUGGCCUCAUCCAAAUAUCGUGGCCGAAGUGAAAACGGAAGGAUUUGAUUUAUUGUCGAAGGAGUGCGCAGCACUUCAGAAUAAAAACAAUGCUAUGGAAGGGGAUGCUUGGGUGAUGAACUUUCGUGAGGCAGAAAAUAGGCUUCUAUAUGGCGGAUGCAGGAAGAAGUGUUUGAGUAUCCUCAAAACACUGAGGGACAGGCAUUUGGAUUUACCUGGAGAACCCAUAACAUCAUAUCAUAUGAAAACUUUACUUCUUUAUGAAUGCGAAAAGCAUCCACAGGAACACGAAUGGGAUGAUACUUGCCUAGCUGAUAGAAUCAAUGGGAUCUUACUGCAGUUAAUCUCCUGUCUACAGUGCCGACGAUGUCCGCACUAUUUUCUACCAAGUCUCAAUCUUUUCAAAGGGAAAUCCCCAACUUCCAUGGAAAAUGCAGCUAAAGAGAUCUGGAAGUUACUUAGAGAGAUGCUAACUAAUAGCUUUGCAUUCGAGAAUCUUUGAAAGUCCUAUUUCAAACAAAGAAUCUUUCAGUAAAUUUAUUUAAAAAUUUUCCUAACGUCUAAUUAGGAAUAGAUGAUAGGGUAGAUUCACCCCUUUCGACAUUUCCAAAAUUUACAUUAAAAUGAAAUAAUCUAUUUUGAAUGGAUUUAUUGAUUUGAAUAAAUAGAAAAUCUCUGCCAA